AGAAUAAUUGACACUGUGAUUUUCCAUGGAUGCCUCAUUUUUUGUGUAAUUAACAGGAAGCUAAAACAUAUCAAGGUGUUGUUAUCAUCUCCUUAGAAAUUUAGGUGAAGUAAAAUUGAGGCUGUAUACAAAAUAUUGAGUAUUAAUCUUCCUUUUGCUAUUUUUUACUAGGCCAUUAAAUACUAAAUGGCAACACUGUGAAAAAACAAGUGUUACACAACACAACUAUGUUCCAAUAAUCAUCAAUUUACUGUAACUCUGAAUAUUCAGUAAUUUACCAGUGUUUUCAUUCUCCUGAAUUCACUUGUUCUUGGGACCUCAGAAUCAUUGCUACAAAUAAAGUUUUUGUAACCAUCUCGGACAGAAUUCUGCAAAGAAUGAAAAUGACAAACAUUUUUCACAUCCUGUGUAUAGCAGUGCAAGUACAUUAUGUUGCAAUACAUGGCAGGAUUAUACACAGUCAAGAAGCAGUGAUAUACAGAAUUUACUGCAGAUUAACAGGUGGCUACAGUCUUUAAACAGUGGGGAAAAAAACACAUUUUGCUUAAUUUUGCCUUUAAAAAAGAAAAAGAAAAUGAAGUAUUACCUCAUUAUUUUUUUUCAGCUUCUUGAAGCAUCGAUGUUCUGUAGUUCUGGGAAUCUCACUAUGUUUUGACUCCAGAUAAAAUUUGUAUUUAUUCAUUUUGUUACUUCAUGAAAGAUUCAUACUUAUUUUUUAGUUCAAACUACUGUAACUGUCGCGGUUCAUUCAAUUUCACCAAUCAGAGCCAAGCUUUUCAAAUCGGCAGGUAAUUGUCCAAUCACACGCUGGCAUAUUAAACUGUCAUAGACCCUUUUAGUGCUGACGGCGGCCAAUACAAACCAGCACAGAGUUGAUUCACAAGGAAUGCAGAUGUCAUCUUGUGUUGUUGGUGCCUGAAUCAAUGGAGUACAGGAUCUCAUUUUAAAUGUUAUCGCAUACCUGCUGCCACUGCCAGACGAAAAAAAACAAAAACGAUGACAGCUUGUGCUUAAACACAAGGAAACGAGUGGACUGGACUGAAACGAUCAUCAAAAAUGCUUGCGUUUGCAGCGCACUAUUCAUAUCAGGUGGACAGCACCGAUACAAUUUUAAGAGAACACAGACGAGUGGAAUACCAGGUCAAAUCCCGCAAACAACUUAGCACUGAAGAUGGCUACGUAGAGGUUCAUCUGCCAAGUCGAAGCAGACAUGGACAGGCAAAGAUACUGCCAGCAAAAAUACUCCUUCUUGGUGAUGUGUACAAAGAUUUAAUUGUAAAAAGGGAUGCUUUCAAGAGAGGAGAAGACAUCUGGAAAACCAGUACACAGCAAAGAAAAAAACCUAUUGAGGCUGUCGCAAGUACCUCAAAAUUUCAACCACAACUGCAAGUAUCUCAAAAGGCAGCUAAUGUUGCAAUGGGAGACCGACUUAAAAGAGAUCUCCAGAAGUUGCACAGGAAAAAAACAGCUCCUGUUACCUCCACUCCAUUGUCUGAUGACUUGGAUGACACUGAAAUCGACUUGUUUCAGAACAGAGACGAAUCAGAACAGAGAAGAUCAAGGAAGAGAGCAGCUGUGCUGGAUAGUGAAAGCGAACAAGAAGACAACGAUGACGACAACAACGAUGGAAGAACAGAAUUUGAGAACAGCCUGCUGCAGGGGACAUCGGCAUCUCCCCAGAAAACCCAUGUAGUGCUUGAUGACGAUGUUGUCAAAGCUUUGAAAGAGCUUCCCGGAAUUGUAUCAUCUCUUAAAAAUGUCCUAGAGGCCAUGAAACAAGGCUGAUCUUACAGCUCAAGUUUAAGCCCGAGUUCUGGAGAGCGGUGUCUUCCUGCAUCCCCAGAAAUGAUUUCCCUCGCUGAUCCUGAUGUUGCAGUCCCAAGGAGGAUGUAGGAAAGACUCAACAAAUCACAAGUUUCUCUUUUUACCCAAGACCUGCUUACAUUAAUUUUUGAAAAAGAAAAUUUAACAAGAAGCACACUCACUGGGAAAUGUGGUAUUCAAACCACAAAGGACCAGUUGGACCCUAACAAGGUCAAUGUGCUCAUAGACACUGUAAUAAAAGAAUUUCCAAGUACCACAGUGUCGGAGGUGCGAGCCUUCAUUCACAGAAAAUGUAACAAUGAGGCCUGUU